AUGGACGAAGAAGAGAUAGAAAAAGCAGUGAUAGCAUACCUGAAGAAGAAGGGAUUCAGACAAACAGAGCUUCCUUUCCGAGAAGAACAUCAACAGACCAAGAGCAACAACUCUUCUUCAAACUUCGCGUCCGCCAAUUCACACACUGACCCUCACAUUGCCAAACACAUCCUCUCCUUCUCUGAGACCCUAACUCUUAUCUUCCUCCUUCCCCAGUUGGAACCCUUAUUGUAUGUAUUAGGUGUAGAUAUGUUCAUGGUCAAAAAGGUUUCAACUUUUGAUGUUAAAGGGGUUCUUGCAAUCAGGUGUUGA